AUGAGGUUUAAGAAGCGCUCAUCCGCCGAUGUCUCGACACUUGGGGGGCCGCCGGGUCCCGGCGGACGUGGUCAAUUGCCUAUGAUUCAGUUGCCGGAUAAGUUGCGGUACAACUUGCUGUGUGUGAUGGGCGAGUUUGUGGGAACGUUCAUGUUCCUGUUUUUCUCUUUUGCUGGUACUCAGGUCUCGAAUACGCCUAUGCCACCACCUGGAUCACCGCCUAAUACUUCGAACCUGCUGUACUCGGCGCUUUCCUUCGGUUUCUCGUUGACUGUCAAUGUCUGGGCAUUCUUCCGUGUAACGGGUGGUCUCUUUAAUCCAGCGGUCACUCUCGCUCUUGUUAUCACUGGUGGCAUGCCGCCUUUGCGAGGGCUACUCGUUUUCCCGGCUCAAUUGGUCGCCGGAAUUGCGGCGGCAGGUGUGGUCAGCUGUCUAUUUCCAGGGCCACUGAACUGUUCAACUCGCCUGGGCGGUGGAGCCUCCAUCUCGCAGGGUCUCUUCAUUGAGAUGUUCCUGACCGCACAGCUGGUAAUCGUCAUUAUCAUGCUGGCAGUUGUGAAGCACAAGUCCACCUAUUUGGCUCCAGUAGGAAUCGGUCUGGCAUUCUUCGUGGCGGAAAUGAUUGGUGAUUAUUAUACCGGAGGAUCCUUGAACCCAGCGCGCUCCCUGGGACCAGAUGUAAUUAACCGCACAUUCCCCGGAUACCACUGGAUCUACUGGGUUGGCCCUCUGCUCGGUUCCCUCCUCGCCUCCGGCUUCUAUGGCAUCCUCUGCUUCGUGCAGUGGCAGAACAUCAACCCUGGUCAGGACUAUAACGAGUGGGAGGUCCGGGCAAGAAAGGAGUCCAUGGUUCCAUCCGAGACUACCAUGACCGACCAGGUUCACUCUGAUAAUGGUCAUUCUCAACAUCAGCGCGAGGCUAGUCGGGAGGUUCCUCCUGAUCAGCAAGUCUAG